CAGUUCUGAGUUCAUUAUGUCCUUCCUUCGUCGCGCCCGCCCGUUCAGAGCAAAUCGGCUACGUCCGCAGUCUGCUGCCAUAUCUCCCUGAGCCGAGGUGGAAAGGGCAGUAGGGCAGUGGCAGUCGAGGACACACAAACUCAAUAGACUUGAACUUCCCUUGGCGUAUUGGACCUUAAUUCCAGCUAGAUUCAGGCAAAAAGAACAAGCUGUGACUGGGUUGGCCUCGGCGGUAUCAGCUUGAACGAGGGGAGGCACAUCGAGGUUUUGUGUGGGGCUUGUGUGCUCGAUCUCACGGAAGGGGUGCAGCAAGUAACAUCGCUUCUCGCAGGAUUCUGAAGAGGGGGCACCAUGGCGAGACGUGCGUUGAUGGAACAGGAUCUGAGCAAACUGGACGUAGAAACGCUCCACCCUUUGUCGCCAGAAGUCAUCAGUCGCCAAGCCACAAUUAACAUCGGUACGAUUGGACACGUGGCGCAUGGAAAAUCGACAGUCGUGAAGGCGAUCUCAGGUGUGCAAACUGUCCGCUUCAAGAAUGAGCUUGAACGCAACAUUACGAUCAAGCUUGGGUACGCGAAUGCGAAAAUUUACAAGUGUGAGGACGAUCGAUGCCCCAGGCCUUCCUGCUACAAAGCGUACGGAAGUGCAAAGGAAGAUUGCCCGCCCUGUGACGUUCCUGGGUUCGAAAACAAGAGGAUGAAGCUUCUUCGGCACGUGUCGUUCGUCGACUGUCCCGGCCACGAUAUUCUUAUGGCCACGAUGCUCAACGGUGCUGCUAUUAUGGAUGGGGCGCUGCUGCUCAUUGCGGGUAACGAGAGCUGUCCGCAGCCGCAGACGUCAGAGCAUCUGGCCGCCGUGGAAAUCAUGCGACUGAAGCACAUCAUCAUUCUUCAGAACAAAGUCGACCUCAUUCAGGAGAGCGUUGCGCUCAACCAACACGAUUCCAUCAAGAAGUUUAUCCAAGGAACGAUUGCUGAAUCGGCUCCUGUGGUCCCGAUCUCCGCGCAGCUGAAGUACAACAUCGAUGUCGUCUGCGAGUAUAUCGUCAAUAAGGUGCCUGUGCCCAUCAGAGACUUCGUGUCGCCGCCAAAUAUGAUUGUGAUCCGUUCAUUUGACGUCAACAAACCCGGCGCAGAGGUCGACGAUAUCAAGGGAGGUGUUGCGGGAGGGAGUAUCUUGCGAGGAGUGUUGAGGGUGGGUCAGGACAUUGAGGUCCGGCCGGGAAUUGUCUCCAAGGAUUCCGAAGGGAAGAUCAAGUGUUUGCCGAUCUACUCGCGAAUCAUAUCGCUCUUCGCUGAGCAGAACGAGCUGCAGUUCGCAGUGCCAGGGGGGCUCAUCGGCGUGGGGACCACCAUCGAUCCAACGUUGACCCGAGCUGACCGACUCGUGGGGCAGGUGCUUGGCGAGGUCGGCAAACUGCCGGACGUCUUCAUAGAGCUGGAGGUUAACUUCUUCCUUCUCCGUCGCCUUCUCGGCGUAAGGACAAAGGGCACGGAGAAGCAAGGGAAGGUCGCAAAACUGGCCAAGGCGGAGAUUCUGAUGCUGAACAUUGGUUCUAUGUGUACAGGCGCGCGCGUGGUUGCCGUGAAAAAUGACCUGGCGAAAUUGCAGUUGACAUCGCCCGUCUGCACGAAGCAGGGGGAAAAGAUUGCCCUCAGCAGAAGGGUAGAGAAGCAUUGGCGACUGAUUGGUUGGGGGCAGAUCCAAGCGGGGCUCAGGCUCGAUGUGCCAAGCACGUUUUCGAAGUAGGGGGCUAGCAAUAGCAAGGGAAGAAUUGUUGUUGGGGUCUUGUCUGCUGUUUAGGAAAUCAGUCAUCAUCGAUUCAUCGCGAGUUUUGUGGGAGAUGGAGAGAGAGAAGUGGCAGGAGAGAGAGGAGAAAGAGGAGAGAGAGGAGAAAGAGGAGAGAGAGAAGAGUUCGAGCCAUGUGGUGACACGGUGGUCACACAACAAAAUGAUGCUGGCAUGUGUGUUUUUCAUUCUUACGAUGUUGUUGGAGAGAGUGGCGGGGCAUUGGUCUGCGACUGGGUGCAUGUUUCAUUUUUCCUAUUUUGGUAAAAGAGAGUGGGAAGGGGUUCUUCUGCACGUGUGCAGUUUUGAAAAUCU